ACAUGCGUGGCUCACGCGAUAACAGGUCCUUGUUAGCGAGUUCAAUGAGCUAGGGAAUGGUAGAUAUUUCGAUGUGGAGAGUCAGACGAGCUUCCAAUUUGAUCAUGCGACACAAAUAGCUUCUGGGGCUCAAUCAUACAUGCUUGAAGGUGCUCAGGCAGACUUAGCGAAAUCGCUGCUGAAGUCGUUAUCUACGCAUGCACAGGAGCACUAUCCAGCUUCAUCCUAUGGCGUAUACCCAAUUGAAAACGAUUCCGCCGUAGCUAUUGCCCUAGUAGCAAACAAAUACAGCCCGAACAACUUCUGGAAUGGCCGCUGGCGUUCCGUCUAUCAGUUUAACCCAUCGACAUCUACACUUACCGGCAAAGUGCACGUCGAUGUACACUACUACGAAGACGGUAAUGUGCGCUUACUGACUUCUAAGCCAUUCUCGCUAUCUGUCUCGUCAAGCAAUGCGUCAGAGAUCAUUCGACAAAUUGCAGGCGCCGAGAAGCAUUACCAAGAGGAUUUGAACAGAGCGUUUGUGCAACUGAGUGAGGGGGCUUUCAAGGGCUUGCGAAGACAGCUGCCUGUCACAAGGCAGAAGAUCAAUUGGGAGAAAAUCAGUGCAUAUAGGCUUGGACAAGAUAUCGGCGGGGGUCGCUCGCGGUAGGCAAAUGGGAAAGCAACGGCAACAUUCCCAUCCAUAUAUCUUGUAUGACAGGUCAUGGCGCAUGCUCAUCUCCAGGUGGUAACGCAGAUUGAACAGCGCUAAAUCGCCGUGAACACACCUACUAUUGGAUGUGGGCAAGCUUCGUUGUAUUGAAUGUGACCAAUAGCUCACUCGCUGUUUAUGCUUUAUAGCAGCCUUCAAAACGCCCCGCUGCUUGUGUUACGUACCAA